AUACAACAGAUGAAGUAUUUCACUGUCAACUGAAGUAGAAGGGGGGAAGAAAGGAAGAUAGAGAAAUGGAGAGCGUGAUGGCAUUAGGAAGGUCCCCAUGUGUCUCCCCAUCGCUAUCUUCAAUCCGAUUAUCAUCUUCAAUCGGUACCAGUAUCAGCUUAUCCUUACCCGCAACCGCCGCGUCCGCCACCAGUCUCCGCCAUUUAGCCGCAUUUCAAUCGCCGUCUCAUCUCUUUUCGAAUUCACUGUCAUCUCGUAUUCAUGCAACCGAGAAGAAGAAGAAAAACCCUCAGAAAACUCACAUCUUUCUUCCUCACUUGGUGGCUUCCAUGGAAGUGGAGGAAUCCUACAUUAUGAUUAAGCCUGAUGGUGUUCAACGAGGGCUUGUAGGAGAGAUAAUUUCUAGGUUUGAGAAGAAGGGAUUCAAAUUGAAAGGUUUGAAGCUUUUCGAGUGCCCCAAAGAAUUGGCAGAGGAGCACUAUAAGGAUCUGAGCUCCAAACCUUUCUUCCCCAAACUGAUUAGCUACAUUACAUCUGGUCCUGUUGUUUGUAUGGCGUGGGAGGGAGUCGGUGUCGUUGCUUCGGCACGUAAGUUAAUCGGAGCAACAAAUCCACUUCAAGCUGAACCUGGCACGAUUAGAGGGGAUCUUGCUGUUCAAACCGGAAGGAAUGUGGUUCACGGGAGCGACAGCCCUGAAAACGGGAAACGUGAAAUAGCUCUAUGGUUCAAAGAAGGUGAAUUAACUGAAUGGACUCCGGUUCAAGCUCCAUGGCUGAUAGAGUGAUGCAUCAUUGAGAAGUAAUUUAUUGAUGAAGCCAUUCAGUUAUAAAGUUCUCUUGCGGCUUAUUAUUGUAUGAGAUGGGGAUUGUGACGGUUAAUUUCAACAGUUUUUUAGCGGUGCAAUUACGUUCAUUAAAGUUAAACCAAACAAACCCGGUGAAUCCCCACAUAAAUGGAGUUCAGGGUUAUGUUAUGUUUGUCCGAAACUGGUUACUAAAUGGCAAGACAAUAGGAAUUUUUUUAA